CGGCGCAGUCGCGGCCCGAAGCAGCUGUCAUGGCGGAAGCGGUCUGGAGCACUGACACCGGCGAGGCCGUAUAUCGCUCCCGGGACCCCGUGCGCAACCUGCGCCUCCGAGUUCAUCUGCAAAGAGUCACACCAAGCAACUUCCUUCAUUACCAGCCUGCUGCCCAGAUGGGGAAGGACCUCAUAGACCUGGCCACUUUUAGGCCUCCUCAAGUUGCUAGUGGACACCGCCCCGAUGAAGAAGAGGAGGAAGAGGCUGUGAUUGGAUGGCAGGAGAAGCUCUUCAGCCAGUUUGAAGUAGAUCUGUACCAAAACGAAUCUGCGUGUCAGAGUCCAUUGGAUCAUCAGUACCGCCAAGAGGUCCUGAAGCUGGAGAAUUCGGGCGGAAGGAGAAACCGGAGGAUCUUCACCUACACCGACUCUGAUAGGUACACCGACUUGGAAGAGUACUGUCAGAAAAUAACCUCUGCAGCCAGCGAGACGCCAUCGUUUCUGGUUGAGCGGAUGGCCAACGUCAGGCGGCGGCGCCAGGACAGGCGAGGGACGGAGGGUAGCAAACUCAAGUCUCGUAUCAUCACCUGGGAGCCCUCGGAAGACUUCAUCAGGAACAACCAUGCCAUUAACACACCUCUUCAGACCAUGUACAUUAUGGCAGACCUGGGACCCUAUGGAAAGCUUGGCUAUAAGGCGUACGAGCAUGUCCUCUGCAUUCUGAAGGUGGACAGCAAUGGAGUGAUCACCGUGAAGCCCGACUUCACUGGCAUCAAAGGACCCUACAGAAUCGAGACUGAAGGAGAGAAGCAGGAACAUACUUCUGCUUGGAAAUACACAAUUGAAAACGUGUCCUCCCUUGCACAGCCAGAGGAGGAGGAGCGGGAACAGCGUGUGUUCAAGGAUCUUUAUGGCCGCCACAAGGAGUACCUCAGCAGUCUCGUGGGCACAGACUUUGAGAUGACUGCCCCAGGUGCCCUCCGGCUCUUCGUAAAUGGAGAGGUAGUUUCAGCCCAGGGCUAUGAGUAUGACAACCUCUACGUCCACUUCUUUGUGGAGCUGCCAGCUAACUGGUCAAGCCCAUCCUUCCCGCAGUUCUCAGGAGUAACCCAGACAUGUGCCACCAAAGCCGUGGGAAUGGACAAGGUGGCCUAUUUCUCUUAUCCAUUCACAUUCGAAGCCUUCUUUCUCCACGAGGACGAAUCGGCUGAUGCCCUCCCGGAGUGGCCCGUGCUCUACUGUAAGGUCCUGUCACUGGACUUCUGGCAGCGGUAUCGUGUGGAAGGCUAUGGGGCUGUGGUGUUACCUGCCACCCCAGGCUCACACACCCUGACCGUCUCCACCUGGAGGCCCAUGGAGCUGGGCCUUGUGGCAGAGCUAAGGAGGUUCUUCAUUGGCGGCUCCCUGGAGCUGGAGGACCCCUCCUAUGUGAGGAUACCCAGCACCUUCAAGGGGGAGCGGCUGAGCCGCUUCGGGUUCCGCACUGAGACCACGGGUACUGUCACCUUCCGCUUGCACUGCCUGCAGCAGUCCAGGGCUUUCAUGGAAUCGAGCUCCCUCCAGAAACAGAUGCGGAGCGUGUUGGACCGCCUGGAAGGGUUCAGCCAGCAGAGUUCCACACACAGUGUGCUAGAAGCCUUCCGUCGCGCCCGGCGCCGCAUGCAGGAGGCCCGGGAGAGCCUCCCCCAGGACCUUGUGAGUCCUUCAGGAACGCUGGCCUAGCCCUCUGCAGCCUGGCCUACGGGAAGGAUGUCUACAUCCAGUACGCUCUCACUUCGUCGUGAUUUUUAGAGACCACAUUGGUCUACCAAACUGGAUGUUCUAGAAAUUUCCAGCUGGCUCCUCUGCGUAGCCUUCACAGGACUUUCUUUCUUCCCUGUGGAAGUAAAGUCAGACACUCUGGGGCCCCAUGUGACCCCCCUCUUCAUGUUUCGGCUACCGAACAUGAGGCAGGCUGUGUAUCUGAGACUUGUUUGGGGACCAGCAUUAGCCAGUCCUCAACAUUGUCUUUUCUGGUUUGUCACACAGUCUCGGUGACAGAGGGCAGGAGCUGUAGGAAACUCCUGUUUCACGGCCCUUAAAAUGGAGUUUGGGGGCCAGGAGUGGUGGGCACACCUUUAAUCCCAGCCCUUGGGAGGCAGAGGCCAGUGGA